CAUGUUUCAUCUUGCCUCACGUAACGUUAUGACGACAACCCGGAAGAAAGCCCAACAUUUAUUAAGGCGAUCUUUCCUAAAUACAGCCAACGUUAGUGCGUAGCUUCACCCUAAAUGCAUAGCUACAACAAACACUCUAGCUACUUUUACAACAGCGCUGCUGGUGAUUCUGCACCCGUCGUGCAAAUCGUGUUGCUCGUGGGAAAAUGUCGUCUGGCAGGCAAGGAUCCUGGACCUUUGUUGUACCUGCAAUAUUGACCUUCUUGUUGCUGGAUGCUGUUGCUUUUGUACAGGCAAAGAGAGACAUGAUUAAGAAUUUCCCAUCCAUCCUGACACAGUUACUGUAUUACAGUAACUGCCUCCAUGUAGUGGAGCCCAUGCCGGUGCCUGGCCAUGACGUGGAAGCUUACUGCCUGUUGUGCGAGUGCAAGUACGAGGAAAGAAGUAGCAACACCAUCAAGGUUACUAUCAUCAUUUACCUGUCUGUCGUGGGUGCACUGCUGCUCUACAUGCUGUUCCUGCUGCUGGUUGAUCCUCUUAUUCGCAAACAUGACGCUUACACCCAGCCACUGCACAACGAGGAGGACUCUGAGGAGAUGCGUCCUCCGGUGGACAGUGCUCAGGCCAAAGGAAACACAGUGCUGGAGCGGGUUGAGGGAGCACAGCAGCGCUGGAAAAAGCAGGUCCAGGAACAGCGCAAGACAGUUUUUGACCGCCACAAGAUGCUUAGUUAAACCCUACAGUUGACCUUAAAGCCAGUUUAGAGUAGGUAACUUCCCUGGGCUCAGCGCUAUUACACUGUCACCAGCUGCACUAUUACUAACCUCUUUGUCAUUGCUGUGCACUGCACCCCCUGAAUAAGUAUUUCCUUAAAAAUGUAAACACACUGAUCUAACAGCAGAUGCUUUUUAUUUGUUAUAUGUGACAUUUUAGGCUAAAAUGGAGUUGUGAAAAAACUGCAUGUUUGCCCACUGUUAACGGCUAACAUCAUCUCAAUUAUUUCAGCAAUUUACAAUGCAACAGAUUUUGAAUGUGUUGAUAAAGUAAGAACCAUAUUUCUCAAAAGUCAGACUUAAUAGCUUUUAAGCUUCCUCAUGAUAAUUUGUUUGUUAGCUUCUUGCUAAUUUGGUAUAAUAAGUUGUUUUUCUUGUAGCAUAAUUUAUAAAGUUAUCUCAGAACAGGUAAGCUUUAUGUAUGUGAAUGGUCAAUUUAGCUAUUUGGGUAGACAUAAUGCCUUACCUAUGCUAUUGUCAAACAUUGCUGAUUACAAUUACACCACUCAUAAUUUAUUUAUGGUUAUUAUUAUCAUUUAUUUGUCCCCCGUUGUUGUACAUAGUAACCUGGACAUAUUUGGCAUAAUUUGCACUAAUAAAUAAAUUAAAGGAUUGUACAUUUUUAGGCUUUGUAAUUUUAAAGCUUCUGUUGCUACCUUUUAAAGAUAGCCCCAAUAUGUGCCUCUAUUUGUUUCUCUCCUUGUGUGGGUGAAUGUGUUACUGUAAACAGCUUGUGAAACAAUAACAGAUUGUAAUGUAUAACAAUCCAUUUUGGCAGGUAUAUCAUCUACCAGGUAUUAGUUGUUUGAAAAAAAAAAAAAAAAAAAAAUGAAAUCUUUUAUCUUGAAUGUACAUGUGGAAACUGAUCGGAAAACGGUUUGUUCAGUGAGGUAGGCACAAGGCCACAUUUUUGUCCUGUAUUUCACUGUAGCGUUUCAACAUACUUUCCCAUGCAAAGAGAGAAAUGGAGAAUGGGGCAUAUGACAGAGCUUUAAAGCAAUCCUCAGUGUCAUUAAUUCUCUGCCACUGGAGAAUGUCCUAAAUCAGUAAAGCUGCUGAUAAUGGGGUUAAGUGUGACAGAAUCAGGAUGCCGUAUGGCUUUCAAGGGCCCUCGUGUAUCAUUAUGUCAGUGAAUUCCCUCUCGUGUCCUAUUCCUGAAGAUGUCUGUUGGGGAAAUUUUAUUACAACACACUGACUCACGUUACCUUACAAUGUGAACUACUGAAGUUUAUUUAUAUUUAUGGAUUGUUUUAUCGUUAAAGUGUUUUUGUUUAGUAUAAUUUCAUAUCACUGGUAUCCAUGUUUUGUAUUUAUAUUUAUCUCCAGCCUAACUGGAGUAUUGCACCACUCAUGUCUAUACAUUCGGCUUGAUGUGAAAUUAAAAAGAUCCCCCCCCAAAAUAUAUAAAAAGAUUUUUUUUUCAUUCCUCUGCAUGUUUGCUGCAAGAGUCACUGCUUUUGUCGAUUGACAAUAGGGGGUGACAGAGUACACAAUAUGUGUGCUCUCAGCUUGCGCUCUACUCUAUGUAUCUCUAUGUACUGCUUUAUCAUUAAAUCAAUCCUCACA